UUGUAUUACAUAUUAAGUAAUAAAAAUGGGAAAAGUAUCUCUAUUGUUUUGCUUUUGCAUUUUGGUAGCCUUUAGGUAUGCCAAUGGUGCUCAGGAAUUAAAGCCUGAAUUUUAUGAACUUAAGAAGGGAAAUGUUUCCAUGAAGUUUACCAAUUGGGGUGCAACUAUUGUCUCUCUUGUUGUUCCUGAUAAAUCUGGCAAGCCAAUUGAUGUUGUUCUUGGUUAUGAUACAAUCAAGGAGUACCAAACGGACUCGACAUACUUUGGAGCAGUAGUGGGACGAGUUGCAAACAGAAUCGGAGGAGGUCAAUUUAAGUUAAAUGGAAAAGUAUAUAAAUUACCAACCAACGAUGGCAAAAAUACUCUUCACGGUGGCCCUAAGGGAUAUGCUGAUGUUCUUUGGAAAGUCACCAAAUACAAAAACUCUGGAAAUGCUCCUUACAUUGUCUUUACCCAUCGCAGCUCCGAUGGCGAAGAAGGAUUCCCCGGCGCACUUCGUGUAGUUGUCACAUACACACUUGUCGCAGACGGUCAAUUGAGCGUUUUCAUGAAAGCAAAAGGUCUAGAUGAAAAAAUAUCCCCAGUGAGUCUAGCACAACACACUUACUGGAACUUAGCCGGUCACAACGCCGGAAGCGUUUUAGACACGCAGGUUCGUAUUUUCGGACAAUUCUACACCGCAGUCGAUGAAAGCCUAGUCCCAACCGGCCAGCUUCUAUACGCAAGGGGAACCGCAUACGACUUCACCGAGCCCGAACUUAAACCGGUCGGAAAAAGAAUUGCCCUACUUCCUAAAGGUUAUGACAUUAACUAUGUUCUUGAUGAUUUUGAAGUUGGAAAAAUGAGACUUGUAGCAAUAGUGGAGGAUAGUAGGUCAGGAGUGAGAAUGGAAUUGACUUCUGAUGCCCCUGGAUUGCAAUUCUACACUGGAAACUUGAUCAAUAAUGUGAAGGGUAAAGGUGGAAUUGUGUAUCAAGCUCAUGCAGGUUUGUGCAUGGAGACUCAAUGGUACCCUGAUUUUGUGAACCAUCCUACCUUCCCACAAUCACUUGUUCAGAAAGGAAAGAUUUACAAGCAUCACAUGCUCUUCAACUUUACAUCUAUUUAAGAUUCUCAUAUUUAUAAUAUAUAAUAUAAUAAUACAUUCUCUCAAUAUAUAUGUAAGUAGUAUAUAUAGAGUUCCUUUUGAUUGUCGAAUUUUAGUGAUGUUGUAUCCUUUGAAAAUAAUAAAUGAUUUUAUGUAUUAAGGAAUAA